AUGAGCGACUCCUUCAUGCUCCGGUCUGACUAUGCCGAGAUGGCGAAGGCGGUGCAUUCAGCUUGUGCGGCCAUAUCCACUGUGUUCCUGUCCAUUCGGCUAUGGGCUCGGAAAACUCAAGCAAAGGGCCUGUGGUGGGACGAUUACCUUCUUAUUGCAGCAUGGGUAUUCCAGUUGUGCGGAAACGGAGUGGCGGCUGCUUCGCCGGCAUACGGGUAUAACGUCCGCGACGGCACAUCUCACGGCUGGACACUCGCUUUCGUAUCCUUGACCUUCUUCUACCCGGCAAUAGCGCUGGGCAAGACGGCUUUCACUGCGACACUCCUCCGUGUCUCGAGUGGCAGAACCACCGCGCUGCUUUGGUCUAUCAUUGCGGUCGCUUGCGCUUUCGGAAUCACGAUCACAGUCACGAGCUGGCUCACCCCGUGCGGAAGACAAAUCGACCAUGUCAUACCGACCAUCUGCGUGUCGGCGGACACUCUUAUAUGGAUCCACGUGGGAAACGCCAUCGCCACCAUUUGCACGGAUGUUGUCCUGGCAUAUGUGCCCUGGAGAAUUGUCAACAAAAUAUACAUUCCACAGAACGAGAAAUGGGCCGUUGCUACGUCAAUGAGUCUCGUGGGUCUUUCUGCUGUGGUAUGUAUCGUGAGGACGGUCGUCAGUAGCCUCGGAAUGGAGUUGGAGCGACAGGGCAAGGAUUGGACUUAUGGCUCAGUGGCGUGCUAUGCAUUAAUGCAGGCCGAGAUCACCAUCUAUAUAGCGGCACAAACAAUGCCGUUGAUCCGGGUUAUGCUUCAGGGGAGAUCAAGUAGCCCAGCAUCAGCCCGAUCAAGACCUGCCAUCGGCCCGAACAGUCCUUCAGACAAAGGCAAGUCGCCAGGAACUGGAAUCGAUAACACACAAGAAGCUCGCGCCAGCGUCGAACUUGUACAGUUACCGAGUGGGAGGAUCGUAGCCGCCACCUCCGAAGAAGGCAAAGCCUUCAAGUCGUCCGAGGCCGAAAGGCCGGUCAGUCAGCCGAGGGCAGCACAUGAGCCAGGGAGUACCACGGAGGCGAAUCCAAGAGCAAGUGAGGUGACUGUCGACGAUGAGGUUCACAGGAUCUGGGCCGAGAUGGGCCUGUCAAGGAGGGCUUGGUCGCAGUCACCUUCACCUCAGCCGGAAAGAGUUCGGGACCUUUAA